GACGCGUCUGAGAAGCCCACCACUCACUGGAGAGACUUAGAAAUUUGCGCCCCGGAGAAAAGCUCAACACCUCACGCUGAGAUGAGAGGACUCACGUUGAGUAAUAUCUGCCAUUGUGGCGUAUUCACAUACCUGGUCUUGUUUUCUUUCUUGUCUUUGACCGAUGCAGUUAGUUUCGACUUAACUGAGCUCAGGAAUAAAGUUGCAAAAAUCAAAGUGAAUCCAAGAAGCAAUCUUUGGGCUACAGGGCAUUUCAUGGGUAAGAAGAGUGUGAUGGAUACCCCUCUGCUGCCCUCACCUGAGGACCAGGCUGACGAUGGGCUGGAAGUCAGCCUUCCUGAGGAGCAGACGGCACUCGGGGAGCUUUUCCAAGACUUUCUCCGCGCUGCCUUGCAAACUCAAGCGGACACACAACAGAGGCGCUCAAAAAAUCUGGAGGCGGACUUGCUGAUGAAGAUUUUAGAAAACUACAUCCAAAACAGAAAGUGACGCAGAGGAUGGAAGCUGCCUGGCACGAACUGGUAUUCGAGGUCACCGGGCCUCAUGGGAUAAGAUAAAUGGAUCAAGAUUUCUGUUCAUCACGAGUGUGUUUUACUGCAGCUGUCAUAACUAGCUUUCCAUUUGCAGCAGGCCACAGCUUUUUCCAAUUCAUUCUAAUGUAUAUAUUGCACAUGGUGUUCUUGUUCAUUAAGCUAAGCUAUUUGUAUGAAAUAAAAAUGAUUAUUU